GGAACCACUACCUGCUGCCGUGGGGGAAGGGAAAGUUUCCGAGGUUCCACUGGGAGCUAAGGGCGUGUGGGCUACUGCGCACGUAGAGGGAAGCAAUGGAGUUGCCCAAUCAGGUCCGGCAGCGGCUGGCGAACUUCAGCCGGACGGUGUUUAUAGACACAAACCGGACCGGACCGGAAUUCUACGGCAACCCCGAUAAUGAAAUAGUCUCCAGUUUGGCAUUACAGAUAUCUCUUUAUUUCAACAUUUAUUUCUUUCCUUUUUGGUGGGUGUGUAAUAUCAUCAUGCUCCACCUGAAGUAUCCCAUCUUGCCUGAUUAUUAUAAAUUCAUUCUAGUCACCGUCGUUAUACUAAUAACCUUAAUUGAGGCCAUCCGGUUGUAUUUAGGAUAUAUGGGUAACCUCCAAGAAAAGGUUCCAGAGCUGGCUGGCUUUUGGCUCUUGACCCUUCUGCUGCAAUCGCCCUUAAUUUUCUUCUUGCUUUUUAAUGAAGGUCUGACAAUUCAACCCCUGGAACGAGCAGUCAACAUCAUCUUCACUUUCUUCCUAACUUUCCAGAUUGUUGUAGCAUUUCUUGCCUUAAAGAAAAUGGCAAACCAGUUGGCCGCUAGAUUCCACCUCCAAGAUUUUGACCAUUUUGAUAGAGAAAAGAGGAAGACACAUGAUUCUAGGUUUCUAUCACAACAUUUAGAGGAGUUUCAUCCCACAGCUGUUGAGUAGGAGUCUAUAAAAGAAACAGGACAGAUUGUACCAGAAGAUAUCAAGAGCUGGGAAAAUAAUCCUUGUUGAGAAGAAAGAACAAAGCAAAUGCUGUAUUAUAUUUUUGUCUUCCUUAAAGAAAUUCUGUGGUGUGAGAAAACAGGCAGCUCUAGGCUGGCUUUAUUUCCACAAUGCCAGAAACACAGGUAAAAAAUGAAAACUAAUUCUAAAAUAUAAUUGUUAUCCAGAUCAUGCCAAAUAUUACAGUUUGAAAACAGAUUUUUUUUUUUUAGUUAACAUUUUUAGUCUUGCCCUUCUUAUAUAUUUGACACAUUGUGGCUAUAGCCUUAAAAAAAAUCUGUUCAAUAUCCUGGAGUAGUAGAAGGAUAUCUCUAUAAUCCACAUUUCUAUCAUAUUUAUCAUUUUAAUAUCAAUACAGUUUUGUGCUUUUCUUUGGGACUUCUCAUUUUCUAUGGCACAUCUACUAGUAUUUCAGCUAUCUCUUUGGGCACCGUUUUUUCUUUAAUGAAGCAUACAGAAGUACAUAUGCUUGUCACUAUUCUCUGCUUUUAGAAUAUUUGUAGGGAAGACAAUAGAUAGGGUUUUAUGCCCACAGUAAUGUUGAGUACUGGCUACAAUGCCCAUCUUAUAUAUAAGAAGUGCUUGGGGGAAAGAGGACAGCAUUAAUAUUGUAGAAUAACAUUUAUGAUAAUGUUAUUAUUUUCUAAUUAUGUCAUGUAAGAUUUUGUCCAGUGUUGUGAAAAUGUUUUCAAAAUAAUUUUAAAUAUUCUUAUAUUAAAGCAUCAGCCAACAUUCAUUCUCUAGUGUAAUUCUUUAGGUGUUGAGAUAUUGGUGACUUCUUAAGAUUUCAUUUUUUUUGUCUUCAUAGACUAAGAACUCUAAUGUUAAUUCACCCAGGAUUAGUUAAUUAAGAAUUAGUUAAACCAAGGAUUAUUAAUCUGGGAUCAAUGAACCUUCAAAAAAUAUUUUGUUAAGUAUUUUUUAAUAUAAGUUUUUUCUUUUGUAAUCCUAUGUAUGUGCUUUUAAAAAACAAUUUUUAGAAGUGUCCAUAGGCUUCCCUGGACUGAUAAAGUAAUAUAUGACAAAAAAAGAUUAAUAAUCCCUAGGUUAGUCCUAAAUGAACUUAAUUAUGCUGUAUGAAGAAGCAGGAAAUUUGAUUUGUGAACUAGGAUAUCUGUUUGUCAAUUUUUAGUUAAAUGAACCAUGCUUAUAUGACUAAAUCAGCAUAUUCCCUUCUCACUUGAAGAAAUCUACUUGAUAAAUCCAAUUAAGAUCAUAAAAUUGCUUGAUGACUAUACAACUAAAAAAUGAGAAAUUGAUGAUUUUAAAGAGUUAUUAUAUUUUCAUCAAUGCUUUUAUAAAAAUAUAAAGUUGCCUUUCUUUAUUAAAGGAAGCAGAGCCUAUUAUCUCUUUCAAAGACAGGGUUAUGCUUACACUGACAAAUUUUUCUUUGAAAAUUUUUUAAUGUAACUCAUGCAAACUCAUUUAAUUCCAAGAUCUCAUCUCAUUUAUUGUUAUUUGCUUCAUGGUUUUCAAUUUCUUCCCCUUCCACUAAAAAAAAAAAAACUUUAGAGUUUCUGGGUAGAUAUAUUAAUUUUUUUAUCUGCAUCAUUUUGCUUGAGAUCAGUUUAACUCAUGCAGUCUCCCCCUCAAGAAAGAGGGGGAGGACUGCAUUUAUCUUUGUUUUUAUUCUUAAAGUUCAUUUUUAAAAAUUUAUUGAAGCCUUUUACAUUAUAGUUAUUUCUGGAAAAAUUCUUCCUCUAGAUAGAACAAAGGAAAAACAAUUAUGCAAAAGUACCUGACAAUGCAUUUUUCCCUGAUAGCCUUAUUCCUUUACUGUAAGAAAGGAGAUAUUUAUGUUUUAUUAUCUGUUCUCUAGGACCAUUAUUUUUUCAAUUACUCAAGAGUUUGGCCUACUUUUAAUGACCUUUUCAUUUAUAUUGUUAUAGUCAGUAUCAAAUUGUCAAAUAUUAUCAUACAUUCCACAUCAUCAAUUGAUAGGAUUUUAUCAGUAGAAAUGAUAUUAAAGAGGAAUAUCACCAUCUGUUUUACUGUUGUACUCUAAAGAUCCAUGGAUGAUGGAAUCUUUAUAUCUGACAUGCAGCUGAAACCAUAUAUAAGUAUUCCAUUAAAAAAUAAUCUCCUUGAGAGAAAAACUCUCUUACUUCCUAUUUGUUUCACAGCACUUUUCAUAUAACAAAUGUUUAAUAAAUGCUUUGUUUAUUGGA